UACAAUUGUUUUUUGCAUCAACCAUAUGGCUUCUACUAUAUGUUGACUUGCUGGUUGUUGGGAAUCAUGGAAGGUUCUUUUUUAGAAGAGUUUUUUGGUGAUUCCGUGAAUGUCAAUGGCUUUAAGGUACUAAAGAAGAAUGCCCCCAUGAUCCAAGAGAUAUUCAGCAAGCACCCUAACAUUGCAUCUGGCCUUCGAGUUCACUUCCUAACAUCAAUAAAUGUCUUCAUGAACACAUUAGCUGUAGUCUGCAAAACUGCAACAAAAGAAAAGGUCACCUGGGAGGAAAUUGAGCUUAUGGAGAAGGGCAUUGUAGUUUUGGAGCUUGCAGGUUUUGAGAUUUCAUGGCUUAAGCUCAUAGUGGUACAGCAUCGGGAAGAGGUUGAAAGGAACGAAAAAAUUGAAAGUAUGGAGGCUCAGCUAAAGGUUCUAAAGGAAAAUCAAAACAAGCUUAUAGAAGAGCACAAGUCCAAAAGACAAACGCCUAUCCGAGAACUUUUCACCAAGUGA